GUGUUCAGUUAUUUAUUGCUCGUCCAUUGGCGCACAGUGUGGCGAACAUCGGUGCAGGAGUGUUAUGUGUGUAGCUGGCUAAGGCAGACUGGGGUGGCAGAACACGUCAAGAUAAGCCGGCGGAGUAAACGUGUGGUGAGUGUGCGGUUUUCUCACACUCGAAGAUGGUGGUGUGGCUUGAUGCUGGGAAUUGUGCUGGGAUGUGCUGCUGCAGCAACACUUCUCACAAGGAUGGAUGGUUCAGACCCCACCAAUGUCUUGGGACUAACUCCUCGCGAGGUGCGGCUGGCAGAACGUGUGCGGGAGAUGGAGCAGCAGAAUCAGCUGUUACGGAGACAGCUCAGCAUAUCUCAAAAUCAGUUGAUCCAGGCUUGGGGGGAUGACCGAGAAGAGGGGGCUGAGAAAGGGGCGGAAGGCGCUGGUAAUAAAGCAUCUCCCAGAUGCAAGGAUAAGGAAUUUGGUGUUGGAAAGUGUGAAGUGCUGCACAUUGCCAUAGUGUGUGCUGGCUACAAUUCCUCCCGAUCUGUGGUCACUCUUUUCAAGUCUCUCCUCUUUUUCCGCCGCAAUCCCCUUCACUUCCACAUGAUUGUUGAUGCCAAGGCCCAAGUUGUUCUCCACACAUUGUUCUCCUCUUGGAAUGUUCCUCAUGUGGAAGUGAGUUUCUAUUUGACUGAUAACUUGGCCCCAGAUAUUUCCUGGGUACCUAACAAGCAUUAUUCUGGAGUGUUUGGCCUUAUGAAACUUACCCUCAACAAGGCCUUGCCAUCCUCACUCAACCAAGUUAUUGUGCUGGAUACUGACAUCACUGUUGCUACAGAUAUUGCUGAACUGUGGAAUAUUUUCUCCAAGUUUGGUCCAAAGCAGUACCUUGGUCUGGUGGAGAAUCAGAGUGACUGGUAUUUAGGCAAGCUUUGGAAGUCGCACCGGCCGUGGCCAGCACUGGGACGAGGGUUUAACACAGGAGUUAUUCUCAUUCGACUGGAUGAGAUGAGGCGCAGCAACUGGUCCCAGCUGUGGAAGUUGAUUGCUGAGAGGGACCUGACCACCCUUUUCUCCACUCAGUUGGCAGAUCAAGAUAUUAUCAAUGCUGUAGUCAAGCAACACCCUGAAGUGGUGUACACAUUGCCCUGUCAGUGGAAUGUGCAGCUCUCAGACAACACACGCUCUGAAUUGUGCUACCUUGAGGUGAUGGACCUGAAGGCCAUUCACUGGAAUUCUCCAAAGAAACUCAAGGUGAAAAACAAACAUGUUGAGUUCUUCCGUAACCUUCACCUCACUUUCCUGGAGUAUGAUGGCAACUUGCUGCGUCGUGAGCUGUUUGGAUGCAAUCACUCCAGGCCCAAUGCUGCUACAAGCCCUCUUGCCCAGCUGAGUGAGGAAGAUGAGUGCUAUGAGUUCCGGCGUGCAUGUCAGACCCAUUACCGCACUCAUCUGUUUUUCCUGGACCACGAGUAUGACCCAACCGCUGAUGGCUAUGAUGUGACCCUAGUUGCUACCCUCUCCAUGGAUCGCCUACAGAUGGUGGAACAACUACUUACGCACUGGGAUGGGCCUGUGAGUCUGACAUUAUACAUGUCUGAUGCUGAGGCCCAGCAAUUCCUGGCAUAUACUCAAAGCUCUGAGAUAAUUGCCAGCAGAAAAAAUGUAGCAUAUCAUGUGGUAUAUAAAGAAGGGAAUUUCUUUCCAGUGAAUUUCCUGCGUAAUGUUGGGGUACAGCAGGUAAACACACCUUACAUCUUCCUCACGGACAUUGACUUUCUUCCAAUGCUUGGGUUGUACAGCUAUCUGCGCCGCACCUUGCAGUCCCUCCAUCCUGACAAUUCCAGGACGGCAUGGGUAGUUCCAGCCUUUGAGACCCAGCGCUACCGCCUUGCAUUCCCUCGCAGUAAGGCAGAACUGCUCAACCGCUUGGACAUGGGAGAACUGUUCACUUUUAGGUACCAUGUGUGGACCAAGGGCCAUGCACCCACUAACUUUGCCAAGUGGAGAACAGCUACUACCCCAUACAAGGUGCCAUGGGAGCAAGACUUUGAACCUUACAUUGUGGUGCGAAAGGAUGUUCCCGAGUAUGACACACGCUUUGUGGGCUUCGGGUGGAACAAGGUUUCUCACAUUAUGGAGCUGCAUGUUAUGGGGUUUGAAUUUGUUGUACUUCCCAAUGCUUUCAUCGUGCACAUGCCUCACGCCCCAAGUCUUGACAUUGCCAAGUUCCGCACAUCCCCACAGUACAAGCGAUGUGUUAAGAUUCUCAAGAGGGAGUUUGUAGAUGACCUCAACAGGAAACACAACAGUGACAUAUCCCUCCUGUGAAUGUUAUAUAGCCACUGUGUGGCCACUUCCCCACUAAGUAAGUUUAAAAAUUUAAUGAAUGGCUCACCAGCAAACACAAGGCAUAAGUCACUCAUCAGGCAAUAUGUGGUAUGGCAGCUUGAUGGAUAAACCAUAUUGUGCAUCUAGUAUGAAAGGCUCUAUAAUGUAUGUAAUGUACUUGAAUUUAUUAUUGAUUUUUAGAUAGUAUAUAAUAUAAUUAUAACAUGAUUGUUAGGUAGAUGGGUAAACAGUACUUAGAUGCAGAUAACAAUAUUGCUUGAUCACUGAGUUUCACAAUAUAUGGUGCUUCAAACUUUAUAGAUGAACUUUGUGGGACCAUUAGUCUUAUUUUUUCAGCAUAGAUGUGCCCACUAUGUAUUUUGAUAUUCUUUUAUAUCAAUAUUAAAUAUACUGUGCUUCCAAGUUUGAAUAUUGUAGAUAUAGUUUAUGUUUUUCCUAUUAUCAUGUGUACAACAAUUUACAAAUAUAUCAAAGCUGCAGUGUAAUAUUUACAGGUUGAUAAUUCUUCAUUCAAGAUUUUAAUAUCCAGGAACCUCCAAAAUUCACAUCUUUUUUUAAUAUUGAAAGACAUAGCAUAAAUGAAAAGUUUGAGAGUUGAAGAGCAGCUUUGUAGUAUUAGAUAUUUCAAGCUACACAUUCAUAUAUUGUUAUAUGUCAAAAUGUCUUUAAGAGGAAUAAUCUUUGUAUAUGUUUGUAUUUUGAAAAUACUGUUUAUGAGUGUAAUAUGACUAUUUGUAAUGUGUUCAUCACAUUACUUAUAAAUAGUUUUUCCAUUUUAUAGAUUAAAAUGCACAAAUAGUUUUCACACAUUUUGGAACUGUGGUGCCAGUGUAUAUAUUCCAAAAUCAGAAAAUCCAAAAUUUGGAAUACUUCCCGUCCUCAGUAUUUUGAAUAAAGGAUUGUCAGCCUGUACUGUACAGCACUGCAGCAGUUGUGCCAGCCAGGAAGGGUUAUUUAUUCUUUUUUUUUUUUUUUUUUUUUUUUUUGCACAAGUUAUUUAUCUACCCUACUGUUCUUGUUGUGAAAUUUGUACCUGAGUGAAUUUUAUAUAUAUUUUUUGUUCAACAAUAAGCAAAUUAAGGUUUACAAUUAUUUUUUUGUGAUUGAGGGCAAAAUUUGAGUUUUAUCACCUUCAUUCAUACCACAAAAAAUUAGCCUCAGCGUAACUUUUUUCUUAUUCUGUCAAAGAAACAGAUAAUAUUGAAUUAUAUCUAAGUUUGUUAUAUCAUUAUUGUGGAUAUUCAUAUCUAUUUGUAUUAUAUUUUGUGUAAUUAUGUAAUGAGCACUAUGAAUUUGUGUGGUAAAUUGCUGUAGACAUCAAACUGAUGUCCCUCUUUUGAUUUUUUAAAUUUAUAUGUAUAUUAUUUUUUAAUAAUCAUGUUAUGAGUAAGAUGGUAUUUACUAUUAUGUUUUGAUUAGAAAAGAAAAAUCAUCAUUGUUCUGUGUGCUGCCCUCAGAAAGAAAAGAUCAUACACACACACACACACACACACCAUUGUAAAAUAAGCUUUAUUUAAGCUGUACAAUUGUCUCAUACAGGCGCCUAACAUACUUAAUGGUAUUUAUUUCUCUAAUAGAAUACUCCAUAGAAUACUGCUUUAGACAACCUUCAGCACCUCACUGUUGACUCCUUGCUCAUGUCACUCCCCUGAGUUCUCUGAUGCUGUUAAAGUUGAAGAUGGGAUUGAUAGGAAGGAUGUAGUUGUUCUUUGUCUUUGCUUCAAUAGCAUGAAAAGUGGUCAACUUCUGGAAAGACUUAAACACAGAUCACCACGUCUGACAUCUGACCACAAGGCCACUGCCUCCCCAAAAUUAAAUAAAGAGUAAUAUUAUGAGAGAGAUGAACAUGGUCUGUUUAGGAAUGUGUCUUAAAAUCAAAGCAAGGAAUAGAUGUAACAGAUGAAAGAGGAAGACCUUUCUAAGUCUAAAAGAAUAUUUAAGGAAAUGAUGGUGGAGAACUAUGAUGUUGCACAAAUGAAAGGGAUGUGUACAGGUAUAGUAACUUUGGAGUAUUUUUUCUAUGGCCCUCUCUUGCUGAGGUUUAUCUGGAGGAAGCUGAUGUUUUAUAUAUAUAUUUUUUAUCUGAUAUCUAUUUACCCUGCCCCCCCUCCCUCUCUCUCUCUCUCUCUCUCUCUCUCUCUCUCUCUCUCUCUCUCUCUCUCUCUCUCUCUCUCUCUCUCUCUCUCUCUCUCUCUCUCUCUCUCUCUCUCUCUCUCUCUCUCUCUCUCUCUCUCUCUCUCUCUCUCUCUCUAUAUAUAUAUAAAGGAUGCUUUAGGUAUAGGAUUGUGUAUUGAGAAUGACUAACCCAAGUAAAGAAGUAUUGACAUCAUGUCCUAAACUGCUGCUGCUCUGAUUACAAGUUACUUUAAGAGACUGGUUCAUGAUUUUAAAGACUGAUGUUAUAUGUUAGAUCAAUUAACAGAUCAUAUUUUUUUUACAUUCCAUGAUAAGUUUCAUAUUUUGAUGGGAUGACAUAGACCUAGUGGAGCCUGUGACUUAUGAGGGACCAUCCUCCUGAUCUCACAUGUCAGCAGUGGGAUGCUGUAUCAGUGACCAUCAAUCUUAUCUACUUCACCACCACACUCCCUAUAGAAACAAUUUGAACUGGACUCAGACCAUGCUCUCAUCUUAUAUAAAUAAGUCCAUUUCUACCAACUUUUUUAAAGGGUUAAAGUAGUGAAAUAGUAUUACAUUGAUAUUAUACUUUCAAAAAGCUAAGACUUACACUUGAAUGUAGAGUAUCAUAACAUCCAUAGAAGUUCAGGGUUUUCAUUAAAUAAGUAAGAAAACAUAACAGAUUAAUAUAUGAUUCUAAAUAUUAAAAUGCACAUUCUAUGCCUUUUGAGAAAUAACAGUCCACAUCACCUUUCUAGCUUACGUACAGAAAAGAAUGAUAAUGCUCUAAUGCUUAAUGAUAUAUAUGUUGUAUCUGGGAGUAAGAAUUAACUCCUUUGAUAAUUUUUGUAGAAUUAUUUUUGGAAGAUUACUGAAGUUCCUUACAUGAAAUUAUGAACCAAUAUUUUUUAGUACAUCAGAACAUGUAUGUCUGUGAUCAUGAUGCCAGCCAUUCUGAUCUGACCAUGCAUAAAUAGGUAAAUAUUGCAUUUGCUCUUUUACACUUUACAUAAUCCAUCACAUUCAGCACACUAGUUACAGAAAUAAGUCUACCUGUAUCACUGCUAGAUGCUGGGAUAUAAUUCUUUGUAAUUCCUAGCAUUUGGUUCAACUAAAAAUAAUAUUUAACUUGUAUAAUAGCAUAAAAGUAAUUUGUAAUUUGUAAAUAAUUAAAUUGUCCUAGUGGUAUAAAUGAGAUUCAGAUGUGUUAUGGAUGAGUCAUAAUAACUUCUUGUGUUACAUGAAUUGUUAUGAAUUCUUCAGCUGGUCAUAUCCCAACUUUUUUUUUUAUUCAUUGUUUGAUAAAGAUUGCUAUAUGUUUACCACAAGUAUCUCACAUGUUGAUUUUUUACUCUUGAAAGACCAGAGCAAACCUUUACAUGGGAAGCAAGUAAAAUUUUAGAUUUUUGUUAAAAUCUAGAGAUUGAGAUUUGACUAAGAACACACAUGACUUUAAGUGCAAUUCUCUUUGAAUCCAACAAAUUGGUCAGUAAUCAAGUCAAGUUGUUGAUUACUAAUUCAAAUGAUUCAGGGUGAUUGGUCGCUUAAUAUGUCAAGAAUUAUUUUGUUCCAUGAAAUUUGAAACUAAUGAGGUUAAAUCUUUAGAUAUUUUAUUCAGUUCAUGACAAAUAUUCAGUGUGAUUUUUUAUAGUUUGUUUAUUUAUUUAUUUAUUUAUUUUUUUUCAUCCUAGUCUAACUUAAUUGUGAGAAAGGUGAGAAAGAAUCUUAGUCUGACUUAAUAUGGCUCUUAUAUAUUGAUAUUGAUGCUAUAUGAAUACAAUUAUGUCAUUCUUGAGUUCUUUAUACAGAAACAAAUAGGUUGUGUGUAUACCUCGUUACAAACCCAUUAUUUUCAUCUUUCAUAUUUUUACCAGCUGUGUGUGGCAUACAUGAGCCUGUUCUGACUACUAAGGAUACUAUAAUUAUAUACGUACAUUAUACUUUAUGAAGCCAAGAUGCAUCAUCAUUGAUCUAGAACCAGUCAAUAAUUAAUAUAUAUAAGUAUUUAUUUAUCUGUUUAUUUAUUUAUUCACUAAUUUAUCAUUGAUUAUGUGCAUAGAAAUUUCCUUUUCAUAUCCUGGACUGGAUGAAAUAUAAGCAAUAAGGAUUUGCCAUUAUAAAUUUUAAGGAAUAGUAUAAUAAUAUAUCAAUUGCAGGUGACAUUGGAUCAAAUACAUUAAUGAUGUUAAAGGCAAAAUUAUUUGCUUAUAUAGUAAUGUACAAGUUUUAAAAAUUUACUUUAUUCUUCUAGGAUUCUUCAUAAAUUGUACCCUUUUUAAUUAUCUGUUUGUAAUGUUAUUAUCUUUUAUAUUCAAUUUAUAUGUGAUGCAUAUUGAUAUUUUAGGUUUAUAUAAAAUUAAAUUUGUAUGCAUGUAAAGAUGCUAUGGGCGAAGGAGGUGUUUUCUUCUAGUGGAUUGUGUAGUGUUGUCUGAGAGUGGUGAUAAUUUUAAGUAAGCAAACACUAUGACUCAGGUGUGCUGUGAAUCUCAAUGUUGUUUAAAUUAAAUAGUUUACUUAUUGAAUUUCAUUAUUUGUUGGAAAAAAAUAAUGUAGGUAAACCUUUCAUUAUUAUUAUUAUUAUUAUUAUUAUUAUUAUUAUUAUUAUUAUUAUUAUUAUUAUUAUUAUUAAUGAAUUUAUUUAUUUAUUUAUAGAAAUAAGGUGAUUUAGAAGUGCAGUAUUCAGUUUGUAGAGAAAUAUAAAGAUUCUACCAAAUGAAAUCUGAAUGGAUACUAAAAUCAGGUUUAUAGUACAUUUUUUUCCUGAUUGUAUACUGUAUACAGUGAACUAGCAUUACAUACAUAGGUACUCCAGCUAUCUUCUGAUGUUUAAUCAUCCAGAAUGCUCAAGCAACCAGAAUAUUUUCUUUAAAGACAAACUUUAUUGCAGAUUAAAAAGAAAAAAGCACAAUGACUGCCAUUUCUCAGCUAUUAACAGCACUGUCAAUGUAUUAUCAGCAUGUGUUUGUUCCAUUCUGAUAAUUUGUUUGAAUAUUUGUCUUGGUUGAUUGCUUAGGUACUCCUUUCUUGACACAUCUGAAAUUACUAAAGGUAAGUUAGCAAAUUAAUAACAAGUCCAGAGAAAAGAAGGUUGUCAUGAUUAAAAGUAUAAAUACAACAUGAGUUUGUUUACUCUUGUUAAAUUUUAUAUUAGCAACUGCAAUAAUUCAUGUAACCAUCAGAAUCAGACACAAGUGCACUUCUAGUUCAUUCAGUACUGGAAGAUAGUUGCUCUUGUAUGAAAUGCUUGACUUGACUCUGAUUGAUAUAAAUAGGGUUCUGUAUGAAGUAUAAAUCAAAUGCAAUGUAUAAUGUGAUUAAACUUACUAAUUAAUGUUUCUCUGUAGAACAAGUGACUGUGUACAAUUUUGUAUAAGUUUUUAGCUUUAAACCAUGCAGGAUGAAUAAUACAUCAGUCUACCAAGCUAGUUACUACAUGCUAGAUAUACUAAGUAUGUACAUUUAAACAUUUAGUGGAUAUGUAAUAGGGAAGUGAUGUGAUCUCCCCUCAUCACACAAUGCAUUCAUGGUGUUCCCAAAGUGCCAAGUGGUAAUGCUCUCAAUAACAUCGAAGAAAAAGAUCUGUUCAAAUAACCAGUGGCCAAAAGCUUAAUAAUAGUAUAAUAUAUUUAUUUGGUUA